CCUCUUCUCCCCGACACAACUAUCACUCUGAAACUACAACUCGUCGCGUGCUCGUGCAACACGCACGGUAACGCACUCCAGCUCGGCCAGAGUCCCACACAACCACUCUAUGGAUGGACACAGGCCAUUUAACUCCCUGUUCGACUCCGCUAAUAUAUAUGAGUCCCUCCGACGUAAUAAGGCAGUCGUAUGCGCCAUCUCGGCCAGUUACAUAUCCACGUUUGCUGGAUAUCCGCUGGACUCGCUUAAAUCAAGACUCCAGACUGUUAAAACCCCCAUCUCCGUCCCGACCCUCGCUGUUUUAGUCUACCGUGAGGAGGGCAUCAUCGGGUUUUAUCGUGGGCUAUGGAUCCCCCUCAUGACCAUAUCUUUCGUUCGUGCUGCGUCGUUUACGAUAUAUAACCGCACGAAAGAGUAUUUCCGGGAUCGCAAUCUACUGAGUCACGAUGACUUAAUGGAUGCUGCAGCUGUAGGAGGCUGCAGCGGGGCUAUGGCUGGCUCGUUAAUAUCUUUUGGGAGUGCUCCCUUCGAGCUUGUCAAGAUCCGUCGUCAGCUGGAGUUCACAAUCGCCAGCAAGAGGGGCAUACAUCUAACGAAGCCUCCAAGUACACUCUCAGCUGUACGCGAUAUUGUCAAAACGAGUGGAGUGUUAGGUCUUUAUGCCGGGUUUCGGCUCCAUUUUGUUAGGGAUACGGCCGGCACAGCCUUGUAUUUCCUCGAGUAUGAUGGCAUGCGGCAUCUCUUGGGGCGUACAUCGUCUGGAGAACAAGGUCCAACUCCAUCAUGGCUCCCCAUACAUGCCUCGCUGGUGCCCUUCGUCUGUGGUUCCCUUUCGGGGGUCACUUCUUGGGCCCUAAUAUAUCCUCUCGAUGUCGUAAAAACCAAGGUCCAACAACGUGUUUUAGCGGGUGAGCAGUAUCGAGGAAUAGGGGAGACUUUCCAUCGCCUUAUUAGAGGCCCGGAUCCCGAACACCCAAAACCUCUACUUGCGGGCCUUGCUAGAAUAUACCGUGGUCUCGGCGUCAGCGCUCUUCGCAGUGUCACUACUCAUGGACUGCUUUGGACAUUCUUCGACCUCGUCUCGAAUUACAUCGACCGGCUGCCCGAACAGGCAGACUGAACUUUCCCGUCGCUCUCCCAAGAAUCUUACAUACGAAAUCUCCGGCGUUUCAUCUCGUCGCCGUCACUCACAAACGCCGCAUUUAUCUAUAGAUAUGUUCAUUGUGCACUGUAGCAAAACGCUUGACGUGAUAAUAUAUUCCAGAUCUC